AUGAGGAAUGAGGAAUUGCUCUUCUUCGCAGCAGGAACCCAGACCCAGAGCGUGGAGAAUCGCCAUCUCAGGGCGGCAGUUGGAGCUCGCGCCGUCUCUCGUCCAGACCCAGCGCCAGAGGGGAGAGGAGAGAGGAAAGAGGAGAGAGGGGGGAGUGCGUUGACGAUGGGCGUCGAGUCGAGAGGGGGCCGACGCCGUGUUCAGGUCAGGACGAAGGGCAGGGCGAAGAAGCAGGACGACGAGCGAGAGGAGCGAGAGGAGCGCCAGACAGGUGGUGAUUGCAGAGGAGGAGAGGACAGAGAAUCGCUGGGUUUUUCCGCUUCGGAAGAUGAUAGGCGAGCAGGUGCCGUGGCAGGUACUCGGCGGGUACAAAUGGUGGCUCUGCAAGGGGCUCCAGCACUUCUUGACGCUCUGGAUUCUUGUUCUGGUCUUCCAUCCGCUGAAGCUGAAGGGAUGCGAUGUGAAGGUGAAGCUUUGGACUACUGGAAUCAAUGUGACACGCUAAGUAGAGAGGCGGCAGCUCUGCCAUCGGGAUGGUGCCUCUACUAUGGAUUAUUCUCGCUGCUGGAGAGAUAUUUGAGAUACCAGUACGCAAGCUCUAGCGGCAGUGUUCUCAGCGGAACAAGACCAGUGAAGAUGACCAUGUCUCGCAAAGCACAUGUAUUCCUACCAACAUACAUCCCAUACUCACAGGGAUCUUCACCUACCCCAUACGAGCACAUGCAACUUGGAACGUCCAAGUGGCGGCUUUGCAUCCGCAUCAAUCAUGGAAGCCAGACAUCACCACUCUGGCGAGCACAAACACCCCCCUCCCACGCAGACGGCCGCGACGAUGAAGCAGAUACCCGAAAAGGGGGCACUUCGUAUACUCCGACCAAGAUACCAAGCGUCAAUGAAACCGGGCUUCUCUCUCACACUGCCAGCACUAGCCAAGUGCAUGCAAACUCCUCAACUGCCAGAGGAAUUGAACACUCCAUACCAUCCACUUGUGUAUUUUCCCUUCUUUUCACAAAUGGAUCUCGCGCGUUCCCUAGCGCUCACUGUCUUAUUGGCACGCUGGCCGUCCUGCCGUGGCACCUGGCCGUGGCUCUAUGCCCUCCCAAUGGGAUGGAUUAG